UAUCCAACAUGGCUGCUUCUACAAAACAGCAUGUGUGAAAACACUUUUAGGCAUCUUUUCAAUUAAUUAUUAUUUUCAUGUAUCAUAUCAACAUCUAGGCGAACACAGAACGUUAAAAUGAAGAUCAAAUCCAAGUCGUCGUAUCAUAAAUCGGAGAAUACUUUCAGGUUUCUCACGUUCGCUGAAAGACUAGCCAACGUUAAUAUCGAUGUCAUCCAUCGCAUCGACAGAACGGGAAGUUACGAGGAGGAUGUAGAGACGUAUUUCUCUGAAGGACUGACAAAAUGGAGAGACCUUAAUUUGACAGAAAAUUUCACCACAUUCCUGAAAGAGGUGUCCAACAAGUGUCAGUCAUUCAACCUGCUAGUAUUCCAUCAAAAUGCCAUUGUGGAGAGUCUGAAGACUCACCUAGCGGUGAAGAAGAGUUUGGCCUUCCAGCCACUCCUGGAACUGGUGGUGCAGCUUGCCAGGGACCUCCAGACAGACUUCUACCCCCACUUCCCUGCCUUCUUCCCCCUAAUCACCUCCCUCCUGGAGACCCAGGACACAGAGCUGCUGGAAUGGGCCUUCACCUGCCUCUCAUACCUCUUCAAAUACCUCUGGAGGCUCAUGGUCAAGGACAUCACCAACAUGUAUAGUCUGUACAGCACAUUGCUGGCACACAAGAAGGAGCACAUCCGCAGGUUUGCUGCUGAGAGCUUCUCUUUCCUCAUGAGAAAGGUUCCAGACCUGGAUGGUUUGCUGAGCCACAUGUUCUCCGACCUGGGGGAGCACCCAGAGAAGGCGGAGGGGGCGGGUCAGCUGCUGUUUGAGAUGUGUAAAGGGGUCAGGAACAUGUUCCACUCCUGUGCCGCUAAGGCCCUGCCGGUGGCUCUGAAGAAGCUGGGGCCAGCUGGCAACCAUGAUGACGCUUCUCUAAACUGGGAGGCUGUCAGAGAUGCUGUAGAUCAAAUGGCCCGGGCAGCAGCCAAUCAUGUGGAGAAAGAACACAUCCUGGUUCUCUGGGAGUCUAUACAGGCCUGUGUGAGCGAGGUGCUGGCUCAGCUGGAGGAGGAGAGGGAGAAGGCUAGGGAGACCAGCCCAGUGUUGGAGCACCUGGAGAGGCUGCUGUUCAUCCUCCACACCCUGGUGGGACACCGAGACGGAGCCAAGAUCACCAGGCCCGAGGCUGUCUGUCAGAUGGUGCUGCAGCUGCUCCAGGCUGCAGACCUCUCGGGACCCUGCGCCCGCCUGGUCUUGCAGAUCAUCUCCUCUCUGCUGCUCGGAGAAAACGUCUACCUGCCCCCCAGCCUCAUCCAGCAGACCGUCAAGAAAGUGUUUGGAGGAGGGAUCGACCAGGACCUGAUUCUGGAGUUCACCAAGGAGAUGUUCACCAUGAAACAGUUUGAGCAGUUCUUCCUGCCCAGCCUGCUCCACUUCACAGAGGGCCUGAUCUCCAGUGGAGACUCUGUGUCUCGUAGCUCAGCCCUGGAGGUGCUGGUCAGUCUCAUCCUGGCCAAGGCCCCUCCCCCCACCGAUGGAUCCAUGGCGUUUGAGAAAUACCCACUGGUCUUCACUGGACAGCCGCCCACGGAGCCAGCCCAGCCAGGGCUUGGCACCACAGACAGGCUGGCAGUGCCAGAGAUGGUCCUCUCUCUCCUGCCCCUGGACCGGGACCAGCCCGUCUCUGACCUCUCCCUGCCCUGGUCCGCCCUGGUCCUUCUCCCCCACCUCCGACCCCUGACGCCCUGCCAGGUCAUCUCCACGGUGACGACCCUCCUCAACCGCCUACUGGAAGAGGUGGAGUCUGGAGCGCUGGGGAAAGGUGGUGUGUUUGUGUCCAGACAGGCCCUGAGCUGUCUGCUCAGCCUGGACAGCUCUGCCAGCGGUCUCACCCUGGUCCCUGUGGACAAGGUCAAAGCCAUCCUGCAGAAAUUCCCCAACGAUGUGUCAGCGCUGUUGCUAGGAGACCUGUACUACACCCAUCUGUCUCUCAGUGGGGUGUCAGGCCACCUUUCCCACAGUGCAUUGCUGGAGCUGUACGAGAUGCUCCACGCCAACCUCUCCUCCAACAUCUCCAAGAUCCGUCUGCUGACUCUGAGGAUCCUAAACCACUUUGAGGCAGAACUUCCUGCUCAGCCAGAGGGGGAGGAGAGCGUGAAGGUGCAGCUGGUGUUCGCCGUGUGUCUGCAGGCGGAGCAGGUGCCCGCCUCGGUGCAGGACUACCGGGAGAAGCUGCUCCACCUCAGGAAGCUGAGGCAUGACCUGGUCCAGCGCAGCCUGCCCCAGGGCCUGCCCGGAACCUUCCAACAGGUGCCCCUGCGCUACCUGAUAGCCAUGCUGUUCAUCAACUUCAAACCGCUGUGGGACCCUGUCAUAGAGCUGCUGGUGACCCAUGCCAGAGGGAUGGAGAACAAGGACUUCUGGAAGGUCUACUAUGAACACCUGGAGAUGGUGGCGGGGCUGGCAGAGAAAGAACUGCGUGAGAGUGAGGAAGGCGAGGAGGACGAGGCCGACGAGGGCCGGCCGGAGCUGAGCGGCGAGCCGGGCUGCGACGUCAUCGAGAGCGGCGACCUGGGCGUGCUCUUCCUGGAGCGUCUGAGGGUGACCUCCGACCCCGGCGAGAGGACCGACUUCACCAACUUCCGCAGCCUGCUGUGGAAGACCAUGGGCCAGGUCCCUGACAGGGUGGAGCCCCGCAGCCGCGAGCUGAGCCCCCUGCUGCUGAGGUUCAUCAGGAACGAGUUCUACCGAACAGACAUGCUGAUGGCCCCUACCCAGGACCUGAGGAAGAGCCCUGCCCAGGGGGAUGUCAGCGCCGCGGGGCAGGAAGGCGAGGAGGAGGAGGAGGAAGAGGGGGGCAGACCGGAGAGGAAGACGCCCCCUAGGAGAGCUGCAUCCAAGCAGCUGAUAGCCCACCUGAAGGUGUUCGCCAAGUUCACCAACCCUCGCUCUCUGUACCUGGAGCCCAGUCUGAUCCAGCUGUACACACAGCUGCUGUGCCACCAGGACCAGCAGAUCCAGAGGGCCGUCCUGGAGUGUGUCCUCACUUACAAAGACCCCAACAUCCUCCCAUACAAGGAUAACCUGGACAGACUGCUGGACGACAGGCACUUCAAAGAGGAGAUUGUUCACUUCAACAUCUCAGAGGAGAGGACGGUGGUGGACCCCUCACACCGAGCCCAGCUCAUACCCCUGCUCAUGAGGAUCCUGUUUGGCCGCAUGCGCAGCAAGGCUGGCAGUAAGUUCCAGGGCAAGGCGGCCGCCACCCAGCGCUCCUCCAUCGUGCUGCGCUUCCUGGCGGGCUGCCAGGAGCAGGAGCUGGGCAUGUUCAUAGACCUGCUGCUGGAGCCUGUCUGCCACCACGGCCAAGGUGCGUGUCUGGAGGCGGUGGAGCUGGCGGUGGCGGGGACGGACGUGAGCGCCGUCCUCCCCCUGGGGCGGCAGCACAGCCUGCUGAACAUCGUCAACGUGGUCAUCCACAAGCUGGGCCACCUCAUCCACGGCUACCUGCCCAAGCUGCUGCAGAUCCUGCUGUGUGUCACCGCCUCCAUCACCACCGUGCUGGAGCACAGGGAGCAGUUGAAGGCAGGCUGUGUGAGCCCCCUGAAGAACCUGAGGCGCCUGGGCAUCCUGAGGAUCCAGGACUUCUUCGACGGCUUCGACUCGUACAGCUUCACCCCGGACGAGCUGGACGCCGUCUUCCAGGCGGUGAUCUGGCCGCAGGUGUGCCGCCUGCCCACCGAGAGCCCCUACUCCCCCACCCCGCUGCUGAAGCUCAUCCACGUCUGGUGCAAGAACUCCAGGUAUUUCCCCCUGCUGGCCAAGCAGAGACCCGACCACCCGGAGUGCGACAUCCUCCUCAACGUCUUCGCCCUGCUCGCGGCCAAGAACGUCUCCCCGGCGACCGUCGCCAUGGUGAUGGACGUCGCCGAGUCCCUGGUGACGGCGGCGGACUUCGUGCCGUCGGAGGGCGAGGCGGGGCUCGUCGUCAACGGCAGCGUGUUCCCCCAGCCGCCGGAGGGCGCUCACAUCACAGAGAACGUGAGGCAGGGCUCCAGUCUGUUGCUGCCCCACAUCUCCACCCUGCUGGACUACCUGAGCAGCAUCGUACGCAACUCGGACCGCCUCCGCAAGAAGAAGUACCGCACUCAGGUCGCCAAGGAGCUCAACAUCCUGUCUAAGAUCAGUCUGUUUGUGAGCAGUAAGGAGCAGAGCUCGCUCCUCAUCAGUCUGCUGCUGCCCUACCUGCAGAAGGCCUUUAACCCCCAGGAGACCGAGCUGGACAUCCUAGCCACGGUGCAGAACCUGUUGAGACAGUGCUCCCAGCCUGGCUCCUUCCUCCGGCCCCUGGGAAGGCUGUUCUCCAUCCUGCACCACAAGCUGCCCAGGCAGGCUCUCACCAAUGUCUUCCAGACCCUGUCAGACCUUGACCCUGGACUCAAGUACAUCAGUGAUAUGGCUGCACAGAUGAACAAGUUUGACAGCCGUCACCUGGACGAGGUCCACUUCGACGUGCGCCUCACAGCCUUCCAGGAGGCCAGCAGGCGCAUCAAGCAGAUGGACCCUCUGGACAUGGACUACAUCUACACCGUCAUGCACAACUGCUUCCACUCCUUUGAGAUCGGUGACAUGUCUCUGGCAGACAACGCCACCUUGUGUCUGUCUGCUAUCGUCACCCAGCUGGCAGCGCUGGGCGCAGCGGAGGAGCAGUACAAGGAGAUAGUCCAGUACACCAUACUGGACGCAGUCCGGAAGGGUCUCCGGAGCAAGUUGGAGAGUGUGCAGCAUGACUACACCACAGUGCUGGCCUGUCUGGUCAGGACGUUCCCCACCAGGAGAGACUUCAGAGACCUGGUCCAGCUCACAGACUAUAACGACCCAGAGUCGGACUUCUUCGAACACAUGAAGCACAUCCAGAUCCACCGCAGGGGACGCGCCCUGAGGAAACUGGCCAAACAGCUGACGGAGGGCACGGUGGUGAUGUCAUCACGCUCGCUCCAGAACUUCAUCAUGCCGUUCGCCAUGACGGCGCUCCUCGAUGAGAAGAUGCUCACGCAUGAGAGCAUGGUGUCAGCGUCGGUGGAGGUGAUAGGUGCUGUGUGCCGGAGGCUGACCUGGUCCAAGUACCUCUACUACCUCAAACACUUCAUCCACAUACUGCAGACGGGACAGGCCGAGCAGAAACUGGCUGUCAGUCUGCUGGUGACCAUUCUGGAAGCGUUCCACUUCGACCACGGCACCCUGAACAGAGAAAUGGAGGCGGCCAAGACCAGGGCCAAAGAAGUGGUGAGCGUCAUCGUGGACGAGGAGGGCGAGGAAGAUGAGGCGCCCGUCGACUUGGACGAGAGCGACGCGGAGGACGCCAUGGAGACCGGCGACGCUGCCAAGGCGGGCCCCACGGAGCCGGCGGCCAUGGAAACGGAUGUCGCGGAGGCGGUUCCGAUGGAGACGGCGGCUCCCGUCUCCGGCGCGGAGCCCAGGGUGGUGGCGGUGAAGAAGCCUCCCGCCCCGCCCCCCGUGCCCGGGUGCUGCAGCGGUCUGCCCCAGAGCCCCGAGGAACUGAAGAGUCUCAUCGCGUCCAUACAAAACACCGUCAACAACAGUGUGCUCCCCAGGCUGCACAAGUGCCUCAACGCCAAGGUGAAGAGGGACGAGGAACACAAGGCUGUGAAGUCGAAGGAGGUGAAGGAGGAGGAGGUGGUCAGAGUUCCCAUAGCCUUUGCCAUGGUCAAGCUGAUGCAGACCCUGCCCACAGAAGUCAUGGAGUCCCACCUGCCUGGGAUCCUGAUGAAGGUGUGUGUUCUGCUGAGGAACCGUUUCCAGGAGAUCCGAGACGUGGCUCGGAACACUCUGAUCAAGAUCAUAGAGACGCUGGGCUGCAAGUACCUGCAGUACCUCCUCAAGGAGAUGCACAGCGUGCUGGUCAAGGGCUACCAGAUCCAUGUGUUGACCUUCACAGUGUACCGGCUGCUCUCUGCCGUCAGCCCCACCCUGAAGAGUGGAGACCUGGACUCCAGCAUGGGCCUGCUCCUGGAGAUCUUCAACGGCGAGCUGUUUGGGGCGGUGGCGGAGGAGAAGGAGGUGAAGGGGAUCGUGUCGAAGCUGAUGGAGGCUCGCAGCAGCAAGAGCAUGGACUCGUACGAGUUCCUGGCCCAGUACUGCGGCAAGGAGCGCUUCACCCAGCUCAUCCUGCCCAUGAAGGAGAUUCUGGAGACCACCACGAGUCUGAAGGUCGCUCGCAGGGUCCACGCGGUGCUGAAGAGGAUCGUGGCCGGUGUGCUGGUCAACAAGGGCAUGACCAACCAGAACAUUCUGCUGCUCAGCCACGGGCUCGUCAGCGAGAGCCUACCCCUCGUCACCAAGACCAACAAAGACAAGGCACCAGCCCAGCCCCCCCCGGACCCCCGCCUCCCCCCUCCCAGCUGCCUCCUCCUCCUUCCCACCCCCAAGAGGGGGGCCCGGAAAGCCCCAAUCAGCAGCAGGACCAACAUGCACAUCCUGGUGGACACUGGGCUCAGGCUCCUCCACCAGAGUCUGAAGAAGGCCAGGGUGACGUCGUCCGAGCGCAUGGCUCUGGAGAUGCUGGACCCCUUCAUAGCCCUCUUGCUGGACUGUCUCAGCUCCAUGCACGUCAAGGUGAUAACGGAGACCCUCCUGGUGUUCACCCUGCUGCUGAAGUUCCCCCUCCCGGCCGUGGAGCGCUGCGCCCCCCAGCUCACCAGGCAGCUCUUCCUGCUGCUCAAGGACUACGCCAAGGCUGGCGCCGCCCGCGGGGAGAACUUCCACCUGGUCCAGAACUGCUUCAAGUCAAUCACCAUCCUGGUUAGGAGCAUGAAGUCCCACAAGAUCACAGAGACGCAGCUGCAGGUUCUGCUGGGAUACGCCGAGGAGGACAUCUACGACCAGUCCCGCCAGGCCACGGCGUUCGGACUGAUGAAGGCGAUACUGUCCAGGAAGCUGGUGGUGCCAGAGAUGGAGGAAGUGAUGAAGAAGAUUGCCAUGCAGUCUGUUACCGGGCAGAAUGCCAUGAUCAGGGUCCAGUGUCGGCAGAUCUACAUGAAAUACAUCCUGGACUAUCCUCUGGGGAAGAAACUGAAGGGGCAUGUUGAUUUCAUCGUGGCACAGCUAAGUUACGAGUAUGACACAGGGAGAGAAUCUGUUCUGGAGAUGAUAGCCUACAUCUCCCAGACCUUCCCUCAGAAUCUUCUGCUGCAGCACAGUGGGCUGUUCUUCGUGCCUCUGGCCCUCAGCAUGGUCAACGAUGACUCGGCGCGCUGUAAGAAGAUGGCCGCCCAGGCUAUCAAGACUCUGCUUAGCCGGCUUGACCUGCACCACCAAAACUCCCUGUACACCUUGGUCAACACCUGGUUGUCUGGAGACAAGGUGUCUCUGCGUCGCCUGGGGGCCCAGGUAUGUGGCCUGUUCGUGGAGGUGGAGGGGAUGGAGUUUGGCCGUCGCCUGGACGCUCUGCUGCCACUCUUGGAGAGAGAGAUCCACCCUGACAACUACGAAGACUUUGAGGAGGAGCCGGAUGAGAAGGCGGCAGACAGGCUGCUGUUCAGCUACCUCACCCUGGUCACCAAGCUGACCAAGGACUGCGGCCUGCUGGAACUCAGCAGGCCCCAGGACACGCUCUCCAACAUCUGGGGUCACGUGGAGGCCCACCUGCGCUACCCUCACUGCUGGGUGUGGCUGACCGCCUCCCAGCUGUUUGGACAGCUGUUUGCUGCGCACCAGCCCCAGGACCUGGUGGCCCGCUGGAGGCAGGGGGGGCCGGGGGCCAGCACCAGCCCCGAGCCGGUGGCCACCACCUUCCUAACCACCAACCUGGACAAGAGGAUGAGAGAGUUGGUUCUGUCUUUCUGUCACCAGCUUCAAUCCAAGUUCCUGGACGUUUCCUCAGGGGAACAGGUGAUCAAGAACCUGCUGUUUGUUGCCAAGGUGAUUUACCAGAUCUCACCCGAGUAUGACAUCACAGCCAACCAGGAAGUGGAGAGGAAGGAGAAUGGAGAGGAUGAAAAGGAUGAGGAUAAAGAUGAGGACCAAAAGGAGGAUGAGGAAGAGGUCAACCACGACCGGCCUCCUUCGCUGCUGUGGAUGAUGAAGAAACUGUCUCUGAUGGCCAAGAGAGAGGCUGCUGACACACCCAAGAUCCCCCUGAAGAGAACGUGUGUGUUCAAGUUCCUGGGGGCCAUGGCUGUGGACCUGGGGAGGGAGCGUCUGGGGCCCUACCUGACCACCAUCGUGGCUCCCCUCUACAGGGAGCUGGACAGCACCUACGCUGAACAAGACCCCACGCUGAAGAACCUGGCCCAGGAGCUGAUGGAGCUCCUGAAGAAGCAGGUGGGCCUGGAGACCUUCUCCCUGGCCUUCUCAUCAGUCCAGAAGGAGGCCUCGCAGAAGAGAGCCGUCCGCAAGAGACACAGAGCCAUGCAGGCGGUGGCUAACCCAGAGGUCGCUGCUAAGAAGAAGAUGAAGAAACACAAGAACAAGAUCGAGGCCAAGAAGAGGAAAAUCGAGUUCCUGCGGCCGGGUUACAAAGCCAAGAAGCACCGGAGUCACGCCCUCAAAGACCUGGCCAUGGUGAAGUAACGCCUGGCCAUGGUGCAGUAUUGAUGAGCCUGGCCUCAUUGUCACACAGAACCAGUCUUCAUGGUUCCUCCAAAACAAAUGACUCAGCAGUGGCACAGUGAUGACAGCAGAUGGGGACUUCUGUGGUACAUGGCUUACCUCCAUGCUGUUGUAGGUUUCUGAGAGGGUAUUAAGUAUUGUGCAGUUAAAUGUACGAGAAAUGUUUUUAUUAAAAUAAGAAACGCUUAUACUA